GCCCCGUGCCUGAGCCUGAAGACAUGGAGAUGCCGUCCGGGCCCUCGUUUGUGCUUCAGAACUACCACCCUGAGUGUGAGGCCGCUGUCAACAACCACAUCAACGUACACUUCCACGCCUCCUACGUGUACUCGUCCAUGGCCUUCUACUUCGACCGUGAAGAUGUGGCCCUGAAGCACUUCAGCCAGUUCUUCCUGCAGAGGUCAAACAAGGAGAAGGAGCAUGCAGAGAGGCUGAUGAGGCUGCAGAACCAGCGCGGGGGCCGAAUCCGCCUGCGGGAUAUUAGCAGUCCUCCCUGGGAUGAAUGGGACAGUGGCCUGAGGGCCAUGGAGUGUGCCUUACACCUGGCAAAGGAUGUGAACCAGAGCCUGCUGAGUCUGCACCAGCUGGCCACCAAGAAGGGGGAUGGCCACCUGUGCGAUUUCCUGGAGAGCCACUACCUGCCCCAACAGGUGAUGUUCAUCAAAGAGCUGGGGGACCAUGUCAUCAAGCUGCGCAAGAUGGGAGCUCCGGAACCCGGCCUGGUAGAGUACCUCUUUGACAAGCUCACCCUGGGCGACAGCAAGAAGAACUGAGCCUGGACUGCCUUCCCGAUAGCCAUGGGGUGACUUCCCCUGGUCACCGUGCUGAGCAUGCCUAUUGCCAUAUUGCCCUUCAAAACGUUCAUUUAAGUUUUUAUGUCCAAGUUUUACCAUUUCUUCCAAUAAAGUUAUUGGUUCUUAAACCAAUAAAGGUGUUUCAUCGAUU